AUGAAAACAACGGAAAAAGACAAACGGGCGAAAUGGUUGGAACAAAAGAAACGUCAUAUCGAUCAGCAGAGGUAAGCGGUUUUAAUUAUCAUUAUUCGUUCAAGUAAUCAUGAUAGCAAUUUUUCAAUCAUAGCAAUAUUUCAAUUAGUUUUCUUCAAGAAACGACUUUAACUUCAGUAAACGAUUCCGAUGCAGCGAAGCUAUUUCACGUUGGAUCUUCAUACAUAUACAUGACCUAAUAGUAUGAUAAUAGUAUUAAAUCCCUGAGUGCAGAUUACUUGACAUCAUUGACUUACCACGUUAGGAAUGUGCAAUCUGCGGCAAUGGUAUUUGGAGGUAAGCUCCCCAAUCCGGCAUAGCAUGGGGGAUUCCCCCAUGGGGGAUUCUACACCCUUGGUGCUUAUGUUCUCAGAUUUGGGAGAGGCAGUACCCCAAAAAUGGCGAAAUAAUUAUAUAUAUUUUUUUAAUAGGGAGGAGAGAAAGAAAUAUUAUGCCCACAUUAAGAAGAGCGUCUCUAAACCUCAUAAAUAUUUGAGUCUGAUUAUUGAUGGAAUGGACCAAGGAAAAUCUCAUUUACCCCAUUUUGUUCAAAAAUCGAAGGUUUAUAACGCAUUAUUAUCUAAUAAUACUAUACUAUAUACUAUAUACUAUAUACUACAUAGGCCUACUAUAUACUACAUACUACAUACUAUAUAUAUUUAGUAUAUAAGAUAAUCAUAAAGUUAAACUUUUUUCAGGUUGAGAAAGGAAACACUGGGUUUUUUCCAACUCAUAUUACGGGUGUUAUUGCACAUGGACAAGAUUUGAAAAUGUGCUUUAUCGACCAACUGAAGUGGCCUGCUGAUGCCAAUGUAACGAUUAACAUAUUGGUUACAGUGUUAAAGUUCAUCAAAGACAAGGUUGUUGUAUAUAGUAUAGUGAUUAGUGUAAACAUGAAUAAAGCAAAAAAUCGUACUUCUUUUGUAAUUAUAAUUCUUAAAUUUUCAUUUAUAGUUCGGAUUAUCUCCUCCAAUAUUAUAUUUGCAAAUGGAUAACUGCUUCCGGGAUUGCAAGAAUUUGUACAUUUUUGGAUUCUGUGCUUAUCUCGUAAAGAUAGGCGUGUUUAAGAAGGUAUCUCAAUGUGCAUUGGUGGUGUAGUUGAUUUCCCCAUAAGUUGGUGUUGGUGUACGUUGCGCAUGCCAUACUAUGUACUUAUUGUUUAGUUUCACUAAAAUAAGAAGCUUAUAGGAAUAUAUUAUUUAGCUAUUUAUAAUGGAUUUCAAAUAACUGUCUUUAUAGAUAAGAUUAUCCUACUUAAUGGUGGGCCAUACUCACGAAGACGUGGAUGAGGUAUAAGAGCGGGAUCAUCUAUAGGAAGUUUGAGAUAUUUUAUAAAUCCCCUCGUUUUCAUUAUUUUACUAUAAGUAUAAUAUAAUACAUCAAAUAAAAUAAAAUAAAAUAAAGUAUUUUUUUAUUGGGGAUAUAUGAAUAUUAAUAAAUAUGUUGAAAAUUUCAGAUGUUCAGUAGAAUAUCUGCUGCGUUAUCAAAAAGAUCUGCCACAACCAUACCUGCACUCCACACAGUCAUACACAACGCCUUUACCCCGGAACCAAUAACUGCAGACUUGAACAACUUGUUGGACAUCAAAUCCUGGUUAUCGCCACAUAUAAAGGGUUUAAAAAACCAUUCCUGGCCACAUGCGUUUCGGUUUGUAAAAGGCAAAGACGGGAACGUGGAGAUGACAUAUAGAAACUGGUCGACAUCAGGCAAGAAGGUAUGGAUGCCCAAAAAAGCACCGUUAAAGAUCUUGAAGAAGGAACCGAAAGGAACACCACCUGUGCUGCAGCCAGAAUACAGAAAAUGCCCAACAGUGGCAGACCUAACGCGUGGCUUAGAACAGACAAAGGCUCGAUUUAGGCCAGACGAGGUAGACUGGUGGAACAAGUACAUUGAACAGGAGGAAGUAGAGCGACAGCGAUGGGUAACCUUGUCAAAGGAAGGAAAGAGAUAUGUUAGUGAUUGCCCAGUUAUAAGCCACAAAUACGUGGAAGUUAAGGAGGUUCAGGAAGAUGAUGAAGAGUCGAAGAAACGUAUUGAAGAGAUAGAGAAACUGCUUGAGAAAACUAACAACUUUCCAGAAGUAAGUAUUUUGGAUGAUAUAACAAAGUUUGAAUGCCUUCGUUAA